AUAAAAUCCCUAUUCCUCCACCCCUAAUCUGCAUGAGGAGCUCCUGCCAGCUGUACGACUCGGUGUCUAUUAACGUUGGACUUAUAUGCAUCUGGGGCUGCAAUGGGAUCAAAUUUAAGUUCAAAUGAGACUUUUACGGGCACCUCAGCACCAGCGGUGAGAACGAGACCAGUAUCUCCUUUCAACUUGCUCACCGUAAAAAUACUAAGAGUGAGGAAUGCCCGGAAGGCAGACUUGCUCACCCUUUCAGACUGUUACGUGACACUGUGGCUUCCUACUGCCUCAACCGAGAAGGUACGGACCAGGACCAUCAGGAACAGCAAAAACCCUGUCUGGAAUGAAGCUUUCUGCUAUAAGAUCGACCGCCGAGUCAAGAAUGUGCUGGAGCUAAAGGUCUGUGAUGAAGACACGAUCACCAGGGAUGACGAACUCUGCACAGUUCUCUUUGACAUAGAUAAACUCACUGUAGGACGUACUGUUCGAGUGAAGUUUCAGCUGAAUCCACAGACACGUGAGGAGCUGGAGGUGGAGUUCACAUUGCAGAACACUCUGGACUAUCCUGAUGGCAUUAUUACUAAUGGAGUUCUAGUGGCACGUGAGGUUUCCUGUUUGGAGGUUAGAGUGGAUACGGUGAAGCUGAAGCAGCAAUCCACAAACCAGGAGCUUACAUUUACAGUGAAAGGAUCCCAUGAAGGAAGCCAGAAGAUUUUGCUGGACUCUGACCCUAGCCUUAGGAUCAUCAUAUUUCACUGCGUCAUAAAUGACCAGACAAGACUGGAUAUCACAUUACCAGAAGAGCUGGCAGAGAAAAAUGAAACGGAGAGAUCUGGGGUCCUUUCUUUCCCUUUGAAUUCACUCCCUUUGCAGAAGGAAAUAAUAGUAGAAGAGGAUCAUUCCUUUCACUUGUGCUUGACAGCAAGAAAAUGCUCAGGAGACCUGGAUGUGCGCUUGGGGUUUAGCCUGUGCACGGAAGAGCAGGACUUCCUGCAGAAAAGAAAGAAAUAUGUUGCAGCUGCUCUGAAAAAGAUUCUUCAUUUGGAGGAGGAUCUGAAAGAGCAUGAGGUGCCGGUGGUGGCCAUCACAACAACUGGGGGAGGGACGAGAUCACUGACAGCGAUGUAUGGCAGCCUGCUCGGUCUCCAGAAACUCAAUCUGUUAGACUGCAUUUCCUACAUCGGUGGUUUAUCGGGUACCACAUGGACAAUGGCAAACUUGUAUGAAGAUGCUAAUUGGUCAGAAAAAUAUCUGGAGGAUGCAAUCAAGGAAGCUCGCAAGCAAGUAACCAAAUCCAAGAUCUGCUGUUUUUCUUUGGAUUGUCUGAAGUACUAUUAUAAUGACCUGAUGGAGAGAAUUAAAGAAGGACGUAACACUUCUUUCAUAGACCUUUGGGGGCUUGUCAUUGAAUCCAUGCUACAUGAUAAGAAAGACGAGCAUAGACUCUCAGACCAACGGCAGGCAGUGGAUAACGGUCAGAACCCAUUGCCCAUCUAUGUGGCCAUCAACCUCAAGUCCAACUAUAGUGCUCAGGCGUUCAGAGAGUGGCUGGAGUUCACUCCUUAUGAAGUCAGUCUCCUGAAAUACGGAGCAUCUAUUCGCGCAGAACAUUUUGGAAGUGAAUUCUUUAUGGGAAGGAUGGUGAAGAGGCUUUCAGAGACUCGGAUCUGCUAUAUGCAAGGCAUGUGGAGUAGUAUAUUUUCCAUAGAUGUGAUGUAUGUCUGGAAUUUGGCUACUGAUUCAGAGGACUUCUGGUGUAGAUGGACCAGAGACAGAGUAAAAGAUAUUGAGGAAGAACCCUUUCUGUCCAUGAAUCCCUAUGAGGUAGACACAUGUCUAUUCACUCCCUCAAGUGCCCUCUCCUGUGCUCUGCGAGAUGUCUUAACAGGACGCCCAACCAUUGCACAGUACCCCAAUUUUAUCAGAGGCUUCCAGAUGCAUAGCAAGUACCUGGAGAGUGAAGAAUUUUCUACUUGGAAAGACACAGUGAUAGACUCCCUUCCAAAUAAACUGAUGGAAACAGCAAAUGAUGAGCUCUCCCUGGUUGAUACUGGUUUUUUCAUCAAUACCAGCUACCCACCACUUUUGAGAUCGAAGAGGGAGGUGGAUGUCAUCUUGCAUUUGAAUUACAGUGGAGGGUCCCAGACACUGCCUCUGGAUCAGAUUGCAAAGUACAUCUCGGGGCAAGGAAUUCCAUUUCCCAAAAUUGAGAUAAGUGAGGAAGACAGGGAAAACUUGAAGGAAUGCUAUGUGUUUGAAGAUGCUGACAGUCCACAAGCUCCAACAGUGCUUUUUUUCCCCCUAGUAAAUGACACCUUCAAGAAAUAUAAAGCUCCUGGUGUGGGAAGGAGUCCUGAAGAGAUGGCUGAAGGCAAAGUUGAUGUCUCCAGCAUCCUCUCCCCAUUUACGACAAGGGAGGUGUGUUUCAGUGAAGAGAAUUUUGACAAACUGGUGAAACUGACUGAUUACAAUGUCCUGAAUAACGAGAAGUUGAUUAUUCAGGCCUUGCGCUUGGCAGUAGCACGGAGGAAGCAACGGAAUUAUUAGCCACCGCUCACUAUCUUCAGCCUUCCACGUGAUAUUUCUUGGGUUGUCUAUUAUGUGGUGAGAUCAAGAUGUUUGAUGCUUGCCAGUGAUACUUGCAGUAGAAAUCCCAUCAUCCUGAGGACAUGCUGGACUCCAUCCCAUUUACAUAACUGUUCAGAUGAACAGAUUGGAAUUUAUCAGAGAUUUAAUCCAAAACAAACUUCAAAGCAGCAAAUUUGUGUUUAGUUUUGUUACCUUGUUACUUUACCAAUUGAUAUAUAUAUAUUCCGUAUAAAUUAAUAUGGUGUUGUGUAAGAUAAUAAUGAAAUAUGUAGCACAUUAAAAUGUGAAUCAAAGCAGUAUUUGUAUGGUUUUUUUCUGUCUGGCAGAACAGCAAUCCCUUGAACUGGAAUUUCUCUGGUAAAUAGCUAAUCCGUUUUGUUGGU